AUGACAGAUUUAAAUAAUGGAUUUAAGGAUGAAAUACAAUGUAAACAACAUACAAUAAAAACCGUAUCAUCAAUAAUAGAGAGUGAGAUGUUAUAUAAUUGGAAAGAAAUGAAAUUAGGACCAAAUUGCACAAACAAAUGUCGUGAAAUGAUAAUUAAAAAAUUAAAAGAUACAAUUCGAGAAUUAGAAUUUGAUAUUAAAAUAUUUGAAAAUAUAAUACCACUUGAUAAAGAAAAUGGUAUUGGUUUUCCAAAUGUUGAAAAAUUAGAUGUUUUAGGUUAUUACAUUAGUCAAGGAUUUGAAGAAACUUUAAAAGGUCAACCAAUAAAUUCAAUUAGAAAUUAUUUUAAUGAAGACCCAAAAACAUGGAAAAGAUAA